AGGAGAAUAGGUGUGUUAAUGGGGGUCGGGUGCUGGUGAGCGAGUGAGGAAGCAAGGUGAGUGGUCAAAGACGCAGGUGCACCCGGGAGGGAGAAGCUUGUGCAAGAUAGGAGUGUGCAAAGAAAGAGCUAUGCAAGUGUCUGAGGUGUGAGGAAGGUGAACAAGAGAUGGACUCAAGCAAUAAACACUUUUACACAAAAGACGGGAGUGUGCAUGGUGUGGGGCAGUGGAAAACAUAUUAGUAAGAGAUGCAUUUGGAUGGUAUGAGAAACAGAAGUGUGUAAUUGUAACGUGUGAGGAGGUGAGUGAGGAAGAGAGACAAGAGUACUAAAGGGAUUAAAGUGUCUUUCCUGGUACUCUCCUGCCCCACAACACUACACUGAAGUGAAUACUACAAGCGCAGGCGCGCGCGCGCACACACACACACACACACACACACACACACAGCUCUUUGCUUUUGCUUUUAUGGAGGCCUUGACCCUGAGAACCAGUUCUACCCUCUCAUCACAUCAUUUCUGCUUUACACUUACAUCUCCCCUCUCCAACGCUGAGGGAAAAGGGAUUCCAGGGGAGCCCAUUGGGUCAAACGCACUGGAAAAAAAAUUAAUUAGCAAAAGAGUAAUUAACAGGAGAAGAGAGGGUAUGGAACCAGAGACAGACUGCCAAACUAAGUCUCCUCAAUAAAAGUGAUUAAGGAGAGUAAUGCUUUUAUGAAGCAUUCAAAUGCUUUGCAUGGAUGAAUGCAUGAAUCAGAAAGGGGGCUGGAACCCAAGGCAACCUAGAGGAUGACUUCUAUUCUAAAGACAGUAAGCUGUGGAAGGUGAAGCUGAAGUGGACCCUGCCGGCGUAGGAAAGAAAUUCGACACACUCAGAGACACUUUGUCUGCCAGAAGGUUUAUGAACCAACCAGUCCCGGCAAGGUAGCCAAUAAAACAUUCCCCUCCGAAGCCCCUUACCCAAUUCAGACCUUGAGGACUUUCUUUCCUGUGUCCCAGCUGCCCUUGCCAGCAAGGGCCCAGAGCUACAACUACCAGAAUGCAAAGAGGGGGAAUCUGUACUGACCUGUAUUCCAUUUUGCCCUGGAGCAUAGUUCAUAUUCAUCUCAAGCCUGAACUCUUACAUCCUCUGCAGGAUGGUUGAGGAGAAUAGAAGUUAAGAUGGAAAGAGUGGCAAACAGAGUUAUAAAAUGGUUUCAGAUUUUAGACAAUUUCUCACAAAUGAGACACUGAUCCCUUCCCUCCUUAUUCCCAUUCCCCUGAAGAGUUAGGAGAUAAAUAAGGAAGUUAGAGCCAGUAAGACAAGGAAAGUCAGAGAAACCUGUCUGUUGUCUACCUAGGUGUCUGCGAAUAGAGGCCAUUUGGAAAAGUCUGUGUUCUGGGUGGGAGCAAGGGCUAAGAAAACUUGCAUUGGGGAAAAGAGAGAAGCAGAAUGACCCCAAACAAGGAGUCACAAGGUUUGUAGACAAGCACAAAUCAUUCUCAUGCAAUGCAGUGGUCUAAGGUGGUGGUAGUGGUGACUCCUUCACACAUGCCCACUGCUGUAUCUAUAUAAAAUGUAUACAUAUGUAUACACAUAUACAAACACAUAUAUAUCCUAGCAUCUUAGUGCUAGAAAGAACCUUAAAGGUUAAACAUUCCUGUCUCUUGCUCAUUGAUAACUUAUCUGCCAGAAAGCACUCCCAAUUUUAACACUUCCAAGAAAGGGUAGAAGUUGGGAGGAGAGGAGGGCAUUACCUUGCCACUCUUCCUGUUGGAUCACUGCAUUAAUCUGUCUUCCAUCAAUUAUUUAACCCUAGUUAUGCCCUCGGAUGGGUAUUGUCUACUCUGUUUUAUACGACCACACUGUUGGCUACAUCUUUACAGACAGCCUCAUCAUUACUUUAAAGGGCUAGUGACUGAGACACCAAAAAAACCCACACACAAACAAAAACCCUGCAUACACACACAGGAAGCAAGCACUCAGUAAAAAUUUGUUGAAUGAGUGAAUGAAUGAAACAAAGCCGCAAAUGGGAGUAUGUUUUACGUUGGCUUCAAAGCAGAAAGGCGACCGCGCCACGUCUCGCCCCCUCCCCGCCAGACCACCAUAUAGUGAGAUGUGCAGUGAGACUGGAGAAGUGCUCAGGCUCGGCCUGCAGCCCUGAGUUGGGAGCUGGGUGGCCCAGGUUGCCAUGGCACCGCAUUGGACUCCACCCUCUCUUGUCUUCCUCUCACCCUCCUCCCCGCCAGGGUCUGGCAGUCAGUCACGUGCCCUGCCGCGUAACCACACCUCUGCUCCUCAGAGCUAAGUCAAGCGGUCACGUGUGAUAGCAACAGAUCACGUGGCUGCCAUUGCUCCGCCCCUUUCUCCUCCCCGCCCCCUUCCCGGUCAAAGCCUCUCCUGGCUGCUCCUCUGCGCAUGAGUGUCUCGUACGUGCCCCGAACGUCCGGUGUUCGCCCCGCCCUUCCAGUUUCCGCGCGCCUCUUUGGCAGCUGGUCACAUGGUGAGGGUGGGGGUAAGGGGGCCGCUCUAGCUUGCGGGCUGUGUCUAUGGUCGGGCCCGUAGCGUCCAGCUGCACCGGACAGAGCUCGAGUGUAUGGCGCCUCAGGAUCUGGCUCCGGGGCCCCGAUAACGGGCCGCCCCCGCAGCUCCCGGCACGGAGUGAGGGUCUCCUCUGAUCUGAGAAUGGCUACUCCUCGAUAUGAGCCAGUGGCCGAGAUUGGUGUUGGUGCUUAUGGAACCGUGUACAAGGCCCGUGAUCCCCACAGUGGCCACUUUGUGGCCCUCAAGAGUGUGAGAGUCCCUAACGGAGGAGGUGCUAGCGGGGGCCUUCCCAUCAGCACAGUUCGUGAGGUGGCCUUACUGAGGCGGCUGGAGGCUUUUGAACAUCCCAAUGUUGUCCGGCUGAUGGAUGUCUGUGCCACUGCCCGAACUGACCGAGAGACCAAAGUGACCCUGGUGUUUGAGCAUGUGGACCAAGACCUAAGGACAUAUCUGGACAAGGCACCCCCACCAGGCUUGCCAGUGGAGACUAUCAAGGAUCUGAUGCGCCAGUUUCUAAGAGGCCUAGAUUUCCUCCAUGCCAACUGCAUUGUUCAUCGAGAUCUGAAGCCAGAGAACAUUCUGGUGACAAGUGGUGGGACAGUCAAGCUGGCUGACUUUGGCCUGGCCAGAAUCUACAGCUAUCAGAUGGCACUUACACCUGUGGUCAGUAGAAAGGUUGUUACACUCUGGUACCGUGCUCCGGAAGUUCUUCUGCAGUCUACGUACGCAACACCUGUGGACAUGUGGAGCGUUGGCUGUAUCUUCGCAGAGAUGUUUCGUCGCAAGCCUCUCUUCUGUGGAAACUCUGAAGCUGACCAGUUAGGCAAAAUCUUUGACCUGAUCGGGCUGCCCCCAGAGGAUGACUGGCCCCGAGAUGUGUCUCUGCCCCGAGGAGCCUUUUCCCCCAGAGGACCCCGUCCAGUGCAGUCAGUGGUACCUGAGUUGGAGGAGUCUGGAGCACAGCUGCUGCUGGAGAUGCUGACUUUUAACCCACACAAGCGAAUCUCUGCCUUCCGAGCCCUGCAGCACUCUUAUCUACAAAAGGCAGAAGGUAACCCAGAGUGAGCGAUGGAGUGGCUGCAAUAGGACCAAGAGAAGAAAAGCCCGUCGUCUCCCUUCCUUUGAACACUUAAGUGGAGAGCCCCCCAACUGAGAAGGCGACCUCAGCUUCAUCUCUGAGGCUGUGGAAACUCCUCCCAGCUCUCCAGAGAGUAUUUUGCUGCCUUAAUGACAUUCCCCUCCCAUCUCAUCCCUCCUUUUGAAGCUUAUCCUUCCCCUGCCCCUCCCCCCCCCCCAAUUUCCAUACACCAAGGGGUAUCUUCCUUGUUUUCCCCCUUCCUAUCUUGAUAUUGGGAUCUUUUUUUAUACAGGAAAAACAAAACAAAACAAAGAAA